AUUCACGAGCAGCAGCGGAGAGAGCCGAGAGCCGAAGAAUGGACCGAACGGCUCCUGCUGCCACAUUACCGUGCAACAUCACUAACAACCAGGAUUAGCCCAGCUGUCCCGCAGCAGCACUAGCCCCGGUCUGCACCCUCUCGUCACCGUGCCCCGAGAGCCCGCUGGUCGUGAGAGCUUUGGGCCGUGCGAAGGUGGGACUGGUUGAGAUCUCCAGAUGUCGAGGCUGCUACUGCUCCUCCUGUCCCUGUGUUAGAGCUGCCCCGUCCCAUGAGAGUGUGCUCCGGGUGCUGCCACUGACCCGGGCUGUGGCUGCCCCCGCCGCCCCGCCCCACCAUGGACCAGCAGAGGGACAAGUAUGGAGAGCGGCCCUCCCGGAGCACCAAAGUGUCCCAGGGCAGCCGCAGCGGGCACCCCUCCAGACCCUCCGGCUCCUCCAGCUCCUCCGGGGUGCUCAUGGUCGGACCCAACUUUCGCGUGGGCAAGAAGAUCGGCUGUGGGAACUUUGGGGAACUUAAACUUGGCAAGAAUCUGUACACCAACGAGUAUGUUGCCAUUAAACUGGAGCCAGUGAAGUCAAGGGCCCCACAGCUGCAUCUAGAAUACCGCUUCUAUAAAACGCUGGGAACCACAGCGGAGGGUGUGCCUCAGGUGUAUUACUUCGGCCCAUGUGGGAAAUACAAUGCCAUGGUGCUGGAGCUGCUGGGCCCCAGUCUGGAGGACCUGUUUGACCUCUGUGACCGGACCUUUUCACUCAAGACGGUCCUGAUGAUAGCUAUUCAGCUGCUUUCUCGAAUGGAGUAUGUGCACUCUAAGAAUCUCAUCUACCGAGAUGUAAAACCAGAAAACUUUCUGAUUGGAAGACAAGGGAACAAAAAGGAACACAUCAUUCACAUCAUUGACUUUGGCCUGGCCAAAGAAUACAUCGACCCAGAGACCAAAAAACACAUUCCAUACAGAGAGCAUAAGAGUCUGACCGGCACUGCCCGAUACAUGUCCAUCAACACACACCUGGGGAAAGAGCAAAGUCGGCGUGAUGACCUGGAGGCUUUGGGACAUAUGUUCAUGUACUUCCUACGAGGGAGUCUGCCCUGGCAGGGACUCAAGGCUGACACACUGAAAGAACGAUACCAAAAGAUCGGAGACACAAAACGAAACACUCCUAUUGAAGUGCUGUGUGAAAACUUCCCAGAGGAGAUGGCCACAUAUCUGCGGUAUGUGCGGAGACUGGACUUCUUUGAGAAGCCGGACUAUGAGUAUCUGAGGACGCUUUUCACUGAGCUCUUUGAGAGGAAAGGAUACACGUUUGACUACACCUACGACUGGGUCGGUCGCCAGAUUCCUACUCCGGUUGGCUCUGUCCACAUCGACUCCGGAGCAUCGGCCAUCACACGAGAGACCCACAGAGACAGACCCUCCCAGCACCAGCCUGUUCGAAAUCAGACGGCGUCCUCUGAGCGGCGAGGGGCUUGGGAGGUGCAGCCAUCGCGACAGGCCAACUCCUCGUACCUCAGCUCCCACCUGGCAGCAGACAGGCACGGGGGCUCAGUGCAGGUGGUGAGUUCAACCAACGGGGAGCUGAAUGCGGACGACCCGGCCCACUCGAACGCACCAAUCACAGCCCAGACAGAGGUGGAGGUGGUGGAUGAGGCCAAGUGCUGCUGUUUCUUCAAGCGAAAGAGGAAGAAGAACUCCCCUCGUCACAAAUAAUAGUGCGGCCGCUGCUCACAGGCUUUGUGAACCCAGACCCUAUGUGGUUCCUGCGUGAGGAGGACUGAGACUGCACAGGCAGAGCUCUAAUGGGACCAGCAGUCACACGCCCAUGUUCAAGGCACUCAUGUCUUAUACCAGGAGUCCUUUCACAUUUACACUGUCCUGUCCUUCAAAAUUUCUGGGAUUUGUUUUUUAAUAUUUUGAAAUUUUCCCACAAAAAAAUCAAUACCGCAUCCGAUUGCCUUUUUGUUUUUAAAAACAUUUCCUGUGGACAUUUUUGUUUUUGAUUAACCGCCAUUUUCUCUUUUUUUUUUUUUUUUUUUUUUUUUUGCCUCCUGUUGCUUACUCACAAAGCCGCAAAGGUCUGACGUUAAACUGAAUGUAAACCAAAUCAGAGCCACCUUUGGGACUUGGACUAGCUGAACUACGCGAGGUCCGGUUGUCUCGGCUUAAGCCCUCCCAGCAAUUCUUCACUUUUUUAGUUUUUAGCUUUGUGACAGGCAACAACCUAACAACAUGGGGCUACUCCAUGCUAUUUAUGCUAUUUAUCUUAAUACAAUUUCAAUACAUACACACUGAAUGUAUGGACAGAAACAGCAUUUAUGUACUCCGCAUGGAAGAUGGAAGGAAAAUGAACGCAAGGCCAAUGUUUGACGUUAAAAAUGAGACCAAAUCGGACUGCAGAUUUGGAAGAAGUCAAUCAUAGUUGUAUUAAUAUUUGAUGGUAUGUACUGGCUAAACAAGGGAUGUGAUAGUGGACACCCCUGUUGGGAGAUCACUUACAGCUUGCUACUGUUCAAUGCCUUAACCCAAAAAAAAACAAAACAAAAAAAAACAACAAGACUGACUUUCGCAAAACUACAGAAUUCACAGUGCAGUUCUGGCACCAAGAAGCCUCAAGUUGUGAAGUUCCUUUCUCCCAUUGUUCAAGGUAAUGUAUUGCGAGAUGCCAAAUGAAAGCUAUUUAAGAUGUGACUGUGGCGUCUCUGCUCAAGCGAAGUUUAGCAUGUCUGUACCAUUUUAGCUGUUUUUGUUUUCGGAGGACUGCCUUGAACCCAAACCCUUAUUUCGACACGUCACCUUGCCUCCAAACAUAGUGAAUGACAUUUAUUUUUUUAUUUGGUGUUAUAAUGUGAAUCGUCUUGAAUGCAAUUAUAUGUUCCAUUCCAAAUAGCCAUUUUUGUUUUCGUUCUGUUCCAGUGGAAAAGACUGCACUACGUUGUUGACUGAAGCUUUCCCCGUCAAAGCUAAUUCUAUGUGCGUUACUUUAUGUAGCUGCCUCGUAUGGUCGGCCUUUAUCGCGGUACGGUGGCCCCGAGCGGACAAGUCGUGGAACCAAAAGUCUUGAUUUAAUCUCAAACAAAAACAAAAAUGAAUAGUGAAGGCUUUUUUUUCUUAAUUUUAAGUAGCUAUUAUGGUUUGAUUAUACUUAAAGAUGCAUUUUUCAAUUUUUUUGCGUUUUUUUGUUUUGUUAUAUAGUGUUUUUUUGUUUUGUUUUUUGCUAUUUUUAUUUUCCCUCUUUGUUACAUUUUAUUUAGUUUUAACAUUUAGUUUGAUUUACUAAGAAUUUUGAACGCCUUGAUCUACUUGUCUGCAUGACUGUGAUUUUAUGUUUUGGAAUAUCAUUUUUGUGCGCUGUGUUUUGCUGCUGUGACUUGUCCUUGAGGGCCACCGUACAUCUCUCUCAAAUAUUUGAUUUAGUGCCAUUACAUAAACCUGUUGCAUGAACGCAGUCAGGUCCGCAGUGAAUUUGAGGAUCUUCUCUAUUGACCCCAGCCUAACACUGUAAAACUUUGUAUUCCGCAUUCUUCUAAGUUAUUGUGUUAUUACUUGAAUAUAAAAAUCCAUCAGGGGGAACCUUUUUAUUGGUUUUCUCUUAUGUUUGGCAUCCAUAACAAUCAAAGCAACUAAAGGAUCGGAGUGGGAUCUCGGGGAAAGAAGGCUGUUUGAAUGACAGAUAUUCUCGUCUCUGUGCCGAGGUGCUUUUAAGUUUGUUUGCAUGGCCUUCCCAGACUAAAUCAAAAAGUAUUAACGUGCAAUGAGAUGGAUAUCAAGACAAAAUGGCUGCCGAUGCUCCCCUGAAUGCCCACAGCGCCGUUGCCCAGACUAGCCCGCGCCUUUACCCGUGCUACCGACAAAUAAUGCCCAUUCUCCAUCAUUGGAACGUUUGUUUAUUUUAAAGGGAUUGUACUGUGAUUUCCCCGUGGUAUUUUUUUGAUGAGGGACAAAUGACGUACUUUUGACAGCACGUAACUUUGAGCGCACACCCAGUAUGCAUGCAUCACGAAUUUCGGACUUCCGGUCAUCGCACAAUGCAUACUGGGAAGGAUUUUCCAAAAAAGUAUAAUCAAACCACCAUGUUUGAUUUCCCAGUGGGAUGUGUCUAUUGACAAAGCCAGUCUUUGAACCAUAUCGCUGUUGUUUCUGGUUCUGAUAUUGUCAAAUAUUAGUUUUGGGAUUGGGACAUUGUAAUUGUGUGGUUGUUGGAUGUAAAAAUAGUGAAAGACGAAAGCAAUGGGCAGUACUGAUACACAGGAAGGAUGAAAAAGGAAACCUUUGGCUGCCUAAAUCAUCCUGAGUUUGCAGUGAACAUUUUGUAUGUGGAGCGCCAUCAAAACAAAACCCCUAUCCCUCGCUCAGCCUUGGUUACGAAUUUAAAAAGUUAACGCCAAAGCGAAAGGCUCCAGCUGUUUGCCAAGAAACACCUUCCACUGCAAAGAGACCAAGACGUGAUGUUGCUGUAAAGCCACAAGAACAAGAAAGUGCUCGUUCGGCCUGUUUGUCUUCUGUACCUCUCGCUUAACAAACGGGAUCCCACUUUGAUGGUGCUCCACAUACAAAAUGUUCACUGCAAACUCGGGAUGAUUUAGGUUUCCUUUUUGGUCCUUCCUGUGGAUCAAUCCUGCCCAUCGCCUUCGCCUUUCACUAUUUUUCAAUUCCGUUGGGAAGGGAAACAGUUUGAACAGAGGUUUGCAGUCACACACAUCUGAUUACCUUUUGUAUUUAUGGAGUUCACUUCCGAAGCCCAUUUCUUGAGCCGUUAGAACAUCCAACAACCACACAAUUACAGUGUCUAAAAUGAAAAUAUGAGGAUAUCAGAACCAGAAACAAACGCGAUAUGUUUCAAAAGACAAGAAAAGAUUGGCUUUGUCAAUAGACGCAUCCCACUGGGAAACCAAACAUGGCGGUUUGAUGCUCACUUUUUCGGAAAAUCCUUCCUAGUAUGUAUUGUGCAAUGACCGGAAGUCCAAAAUUCAUGAUGCAUCUAUUGAAGAAAAUAAAAAUCACAGGAUUGUCAUGUACAGUAUUGUAUAAGUUUCGUCCGAUAUGGAUUUUUGUUCUGAGUCGAUACCAAUAUCUGAUAUUUGCCUUGCUGUUGCGGCCGUUAACUGAAAUUUGCCAAUAUUACAGUUUAUAAAAUUAACAAAAUGCUGAAAGAGAAAAUCUCAUGCACUGAGGACAAACUGGAAAUGAUGCGAUAUAUCGUAUCGAUACCGAUAUAUGGGUCAGUCUAUCGCCAAUAUUGCCGAUAACCCAUACACAACCCCUAGUAUUUUACCACAAUUUUAACUGUUCCUUCCUUCUAUCAGGUGAAUUGGUUUGUUAAAUUGGCCAUAGUGAUAAAGUUGAACAUUUAAUUAGUUGUUUUUUAUUCUAAUUUGCUUACAUAUUUUUUUAGUUUUUUUUUUAUGUGUACAUGUAGAAUCUGCUCAACAAGUAUCCCAAUUUGACCGAAAAGUUAACUCGAGCAAUCUGGCCAGUUUUAACAUGUCUCAAAACUGAGUGUGCGCAAACUACUCACUGUAGAGAAUAAUAGUAAAACAAACUAAUUGGUCAUACCAGAAAGUAUUGGGGAGCGCUAUAGGAGGGAAAAGUGUUUUAAAGUGAACGUCAGCCUGAUUUGUUCCGUCUGUGAACUUCGAGUGCAGCCUGUCCCAAAAGCUUUAGAUGUACACUCCAUGUUUAAGUAAACAGGUAGAGGGGAGGGGGAUAGGAGGAGGUGUAGAGGGUGAGGGGUAGGAGGAGGGGAGGUAGAGAAGGGUAGAUAGCGGGCGGAUCAUGGUUUUGCUCUGGUGGCUUUUCCGGCACUUUCCUCUGUUGCUGUACUGUACACCUGUCCUGUAUUUACUUUGAGGAGGAGUAAAGCUCUAUUACUGCAAUAUUGUGAUUAUUUGAGAAUUGUAAAUUGUACAGUUCACAGUUGUAGUAGUCAUUCUCUUCUGUUGGGGGUCCAUAUAAAUACUGAUUUGUUAUUUUUGUCCCUUUUGAGUGUGGAAAACAUGUACAGCUCCAAAAGUUUAUCCUUCCUUCUGAGCUAUGAUUAAGAGAAUUCUUAAAGUGUAAAUAAAUAUUAUUGUGUUGAAAUAUGAAUGUCACUUCAAAAUGUAUUUGAAUGCGUUUGUCAAGGGCUUCAUGACUGUGAGAGCCGCGCGUUUCUUUUACUGGUUUGGUAUUUUACUUUGCAGAGCGUUAAGGUCCUUUUUAUUAAGAUGCCUCUGUUGUUGUUUUCUCGGAUCAUACGUGUGUGUCACCUGUACCUUUGGAUCACUUUUUAUUCCCUCCACUGCUAAAGGGAAACUCCAGUUUGCACCCUUUUUUAUGUCAAAUAAAAGAUCUCUCCACCUUG